AUGGCGAACGUCAGUAGCGAAGACAAGUAUGGCAUCUCAGUCACCCAGGCGGAGGGGGCCAAGGUCAACACCUUCCAUGGAAAGACUGCCGAAAAGCCUGGCGCGACGACAAAGAACGUCUUCAAUGCCGACCUGUAUGCUGCGGUCAAUGAGACCAAAAUCGAGAAAUGGAGCAAGACCUCGAUCCAUCUAUAUUUCUGCAUCUUCGUCGCAUUCUGCUGUGCCUGUGCCAAUGGUUAUGAUGGCUCCUUGAUGGGCGCCGUCCUCGCCAUGGACCAUUACCAGGCCACCUUCAAGACCGGCAUGGAUGGUCCUGAAGUGUCCGUCGUUACUUCUCUAUACACUGUUGGCUCCAUGGUUGCAACCCCCAUCUCCGCCGUCAUCUCGGACAACUUUGGUCGCCGCAAGUGCAUGUUCGCUGGCGGUUGGGUUAUCAUCAUUGGGUCCAUCAUAAUUGCGACUGCCAACACCCUCGCCCACUUCGUCGUCGGCCGCUUCGUCCUCGGCUUCGGCAUCCAGAUCAUGGUUGUGUCUGCACCUGCAUACGCCGUCGAGAUCGCUCCUCCACACUGGCGUGGUCGCGCAGUUGGCUUCUAUAACUGUGGGUGGUUCGGCGGUGCCAUCCCAGCCGCCUGCGUGUGCUACGGCUGCAACUUUAUCAACAGCAACUGGCAAUGGCGCGUGCCCUUCCUCAUGCAGUGCUUCGCUGCUUGCAUCGUUAUCGUAGCCAUCUGGUUUAUCCCCGAAUCUCCGCGCUGGCUCAUCUCACAGGGUCGUGAGCAGGAAGCGAUUGACAUCCUAGCCAAGUACCACGGAAACGGCGAUCCCAACACCCGGCUUGUUCGUCUAGAGGUCGACGAGAUGAAGGAGGGUAUUCGCCAGGAUGGUAUCGACAAGAGAUGGUGGGAUUACCGCCCCUUUGUCACCACCCACAGCGGUCGCUGGCGAUUCCUGCAGGUCAUCAUGAUCUCCAUCUUCGGUCAAUGGUCCGGCAAUGGUCUUGGAUACUUCAACCCGACCAUCUACAAGUCGCUCGGCUACACUUCCAGCUCCAUGCAGCUUCUCCUCAACCUCGUCAACCAAGUCGUCUCUGCCAUCGGGGCGUUGACGGCCGUGUACUUCUGUGACCGAAUGCCUCGUCGUCCGGUCCUUGUUUAUGGAACAUUCGCCUGUGCAAUGUUCAUGGCCGUAAACGCCGGCGUCUCGCAACCCAUGAUCCCACAACAGCGCGCCGAAGAACCGGUGAAUAUGACAUUCGGCCGCACCGCGCUGGCCUUUUACUACCUCUUCAACGUGACCUUCUCCUUCACAUACACGCCGCUACAGGGCGUCGUCCCCGCCGAAGCGCUUGAGACAACGACCCGCGCGAAAGGUCUCGCGCUCUCGGGGUUCCUCGUCAGUGGAACGAGCUUCAUCUCGCAGUUUGCCACCCCGAUUGCGCUGAGGAAUAUCUCGACGAACUAUUUCUGGAUUUUUGUGGGCUGGGAUAUUGUUGAGUCGGGGUGUUGGUAUAUGUUCGGCGUCGAGGCCCAGGGCCGAACCCUCGAGGAACUCGAAUACAUCUACCAGCAGCCAAACCCCGUCAAGGCAUCGAAGAAACGCGACCGUGUUGUCGUUCAGGAGGAUGGGCAUGUCACUGAGAAGAUUACUGCCGAUGACCUGUCGGCCUGAAGUUAUGGCGUGGUCAGCGUGUCUGGCUGCUAGGCGUCGGUGCUCCUCACGGGACUCUUUCCUAUCUUCGCACGCACCUAUAUCGCUUUGUCUUCCUUUGUGACACGACGGCACUAGAUGUGUCUGGUAUCCUGCCAUGGGGUUGUAGCUACCGUCAAUUGUAUAACCGAGCUUGGGUAGCAUACGCAACAUCGUCAAUCAAUGGUCUUAAGCUC